UGAUAAAAUUUUUUAUAUUUUUUAAGGUGGCAUAGCAGAAAUUAGCCUUGAUGGUGCUGUUACUGGACCAACCAACAGUGCCAUAAUAGCGGAGCAGUUUAGAAGAUUAAAGUUUGGAGACAGAUUCUUCUUUACUCAUGGAUAUAGAUUGAGCGGGAAAAGAGAGAAAGGAUUGGAAUUGAUUUCUAAAUCCCAGGUAUUGAAGCAAUCUAUGGCCGCGAUAUUGUGCAACAACCUAAAGAGCUACAUAAUUCGUCCCAGUCAGAAGAAAAAGUGGAAAAUGCUAGAAUUUCCAUUCAAGGUCGGAUCUGCUUGGUUAUCAUGUGAGAAAAUAUUGAAAGAUGCUGCAAUGGAUUUUAAAGCUAUGGCUCGAGAAAUCGUUAAUUCAAAAAGAAGAAUUGAGGCGAACUGUAAACAAGUGGAUGGGACUAGAGCUAAAUGUAAUGAGUGCACUAAUGAUGAUGAUUGUCUUGAUGAAUACAGCGAAGAUUUUGAAUGUGUGGAAAAUGAAUGCUUGUUAAAAUCCUUCACAUGUUUCGACAGUUUUGACUGUGAUACAAAUGAGAGAUGUGUUAACGAAUUCUGUGUUAGGAAAGAAAAAAAAGAUAAAAAAGGAAAAGGCAAAGGUGGGAGAAAAAGUGGAGAAGACAAGGAGGGAGGCAAGGGGAAGGGGGAGGGGGAUUUAGAUGACAAGGCAAAAGAGGAGGAGGCUUUUAAUGACGGGGGAGAGGGGGAGGAGGCUUUCGAUGACAAGGGGAAAGAGGAGGAGGCUUUCGAUGACAAAGCAAACGAGAAGGAGGACUUUGAUGACAAGGCAAACGAGGAGGAGGCCUUAGAUGACAAGGCGAAAGAGGAGGAGGACUUUGAUGACAAGGGGAAGGGGGAGGCCGACCUAGAUGACAAGGCGAAAGAGGAGGACUUCAAUGAAAAGCCAAGAGAGGAGGGGAAGGACUUUUAUGAGGAUACUAUUGACAUCAAGGAGGUGGAGGACAAGAAGGACAAGAAGGACAAGAAGGAAAAGAAGGACAAGAAGGAGGAGAAGGAGGAGAAAGAAAAAGAGGACAGAAGUGGAGGAACUAAAGGAAAAAAGGGAAAAAAAGGAAAAAAUGGAGAUCAAAACUAAAGACAAAUGAGAAGAGAAGAUAAAAGAAUUUUAAAUAAUGCAAUAUUAAUUAUUUUGUACUUUCAGUGGUUCUAGAAAUAAAAUAUUUAUUUAA